AUGAGGGCGCUCCCGGCCGUGCUGCGAGGCAGGAUGCUGCUCACCUUCCUGGUGGUCCUCGGGGCACCAGCAACAGCCCAAAAGGAACUGAACUUCGAGCGGCUCCCACCAGCCCCCCGAGCUGGGGAUGGACGUAACGUGACCAGCCAGGAAACCACCGGCACUAACAAGAUGCUGCCAGCUCUCCCCAAAAUGAGGAGGGGCGACUUUGGCUCUGGGGAAGGGUCUCAUCCAGACAAAGCCAGCCCGCUGCUGCCAGAGGGGUCAGCAAGGAAAGCACUGCCUUGGCCGACGAGCCCAGCCACGAAGAGACCUGCUCCCAGGAAAAAGGGGAGGAAGGUGUCCCUGUCACUUGAUGUCCACACACACUUACUGGAGAUCCUGCUCGACCUGGCCAGAGAAAAGGAGCAGCAGGACAAGGCGGCCGCCAAUGCCGAGCUGAUGGCCCAGCUCGGGCGUAGGAGAUGAACUCCCCUGGCUGGGACAUGCCUGCUCAGGCAGGGCCGGAGAGGGCAGGGGGGCACAGAUGGAGGGAAGUGUGGAGUGGCACUGGUGUGCCUGCAGGGGGCUGUGGACACAGCAUCUCAUCCCCCUAGUCCCGGUGCUCAUGGCACAAGCAGCAGCCAUGGUAGGAUUUGGUUUAAUAACCAUCACCUCAGCACCACUGGAGAAGACACAGCCGGGUUUGCCUUUGCCCAGGCCAGCGCUGGAGCACAGCCAAGUCCCAGCCUCAGGAACCACGGGGAUUUCUGUGCCUGGCUUUGCUCCCUGCUCAUCCACCACUGGGAUGUCUCCAAAGGGGCUGCAUCCAGCCAGGCAUCUUUUCCUGUGUGCUGCUUCUCCCUGUGUGACUGCAGCAUACAAAACCCUCCACAAAGCUUGGCUGAGCCUUGGAGCUGGAGUUGGUGAGCAUGCACAAUAAAAUGCAGCAUCAAAUGAAA